AUGACCGUCGACGAUACAGUCACCGAUCCCUCUCUUAAAAUGACACUCGAAAUCUCCAAGCAAACCUGCGAUCACGCAAUUGCGCUCUUGGAUCUGGCUCUCUUCCGAUUUCCAGCUCCAGAUCUCGAAACAGCAGAAGCUACUUAUCACAUACCUAGCUCAAUUACGAGGGCUUCACCGCGACGCACACCUGAAGCGCGUCAAGAGAUCGACAGGCUCCAUUUAGCACUACAGAACCUAUACUAUGAGGAAAGGCAUUUGCAGGGAGAGAUUGUCGCUUGCGAGUCAUACGAUCACAAAUACCAGCAAUUACCUCUGAUUCCGGUAGACCAGUUCUUGGCAGAUCAUCCAGAACACGCAGGUGCAGAUGAAGUUGCUUUGACGAUUGCUCGGAUCGACCAUGAACAUGCAGAGCGAUUGGCACUUGAAGAACAGAGACAAGCAUUGCUGAAGAAGAAGCAAGGGCUUAUUGCGGACAAUAAGAAGAGGAAGGAGGACCUUGCAAAUCUGGAUAAGGACUUGGAGAAGUUCAUUGAUGCCGCCAAACCCAUUCAGAAGACCUUUGAACGUUGA